AUGACGACGCUAUGGAGCUCGUCGUCUGAAGCGGCUUGGCAAACAAUCUGGACCCGUUACGAUGAAGUGAUGCAGUCUAAGGAGAACGAUCUGGCGGCGCUGGAUUCCUGGUAUCUGGCCUCUUUCCCGCCCAUUCUACAUGCCCGUCAGCCCGAACCAUACGUGACGAAGCUGGAGCUGCAGCAACUUAUGAAAUGGAAGCUCAAGAAGGGCAAAUGGCGUCCACAGCUGAUGAAGUACGUCUCGGGACUAAGUGCAAAAGAGGUCAAACAGGCGUCACUCAAUGCAUACAACAAGCUUAAAUGCGGGGAUCUACGCGCAGCCACAGAGGCGUUUUGUACGCUAAAAGGGGUGGGACCGGCCACAGCAUCAGCAUUGCUGGCAGCGUACGAUCCAACCGUACCGUUUAUGGCGGACGAAGCGUUAGAGGCGAUCGCGGCCAUUAUUGGUCCACGCAAGUACACGCUGCCGCAUUUUAUUAAUUUUGCUGAGCAGCUACGAGGUAAAGCUAAGUGGUUGAACGAACAGCGAGCUGCAAAUCGCUCCAAGAAAGUUGGAAACACGCAAUUUUGGACUUCGCAACGCGUUCAGUUGUGUCUCUAUAUCGAGGCAAACGAUAAAGUAUCGCCCGGUACAACUCUCAGUACCAAAAGCGCAGCAUCACCAGCUAAGCGAAAACGAGUCCAAGCACCGACGUCACCUCGCGUCGAAAAGAGAAAAACGAUCACCGAAGAACGUGUUCGAAACGACGACCAGAUGUUGCGCAGAUCGCAAAGAAAAGCUAAUGUUCUAAAAACAUCAGGGACUAUAAAUCAAGGAUCACAUAGCUAUUAA